AUGGCUUCCGGUGUCGAUGCUCGACUUUUAAAGUCGACCAAGUUUCCACCCGAGUUCAGCCAGAAGGUCGACAUGCAGAAGGUGAACGUGCAGGUCAUUAAAAAAUGGAUUGCGAACCGAAUUUCGGAUAUUUUGGGGAACGAAGAUGAUGUCGUCAUUGAACUUUGUUUCAAUCUCGUUGAAGGCGUUCGAUAUCCGGAUGUCAAAGCUCUACAAAUUCAACUUACGGGUUUUCUGGAGAAAGAUACAGCCGCGUUCUGCAAAGAGCUCUGGAACUUGUUGCUGAGCGCCCAGGCAAGCCCUCAAGGCGUUCCGAAAGAAUUGCUCGAGGCCAAGAAGCUUGAGCUCAUGCAGGAAAAGAUUGAAGCCGAUCGUGCAGCAGAAGAGACACGGCGUAGACGAGAUGACGAAAACCGCCGAGAUCGGGAAAUCGCAACAAUGAAGGAUCGAGACCGUCGAGACGGUGGCCGGCCGAAUUUCUCAAGGGGAGGUCGGCGUGGAGAGCGCGCAUUUGAUGGAGGCGCCCGGGGUGGUCGAGGCGCUACUAUCCGAGAGGAAGAGGCGACCGCGACCGCGGCCGAGACCGUGGAUGGAGACGAGGACGCAGUCGCACACGUUCCGAAUCCUCUAGAUCGGCUUCUCGUAGCCGCAGCUCCUCUUCAAGCAGAAGCGAGCGCUCAAAUCGUCGCCAUCCAAGGAAAAGAUCGAGGUCUGGACAGAGGAAGUCUGACCGAGGGCGAGACCGUUUUGGUAGAGCUAGACGAUCACGCUCGGCCUCAUCUGACCGUAACUCUCCCUCGCCAAAACGACGCAGGUAUUCUUCUUCGAGAAGCAGGUCUGCUGGCAGACGUGCGCGGUCACUAUCUCGUUCGUCAACUCCAUCUCGGCGGCAUUCAAGCUCGCGCAGUAGUAGCCGCGGACGGGAUGCGUCCCCGGAUGAAGGAAGCCGGCGACAUAAGGAGAGCCGUCAUCGCCGACGCAGCUCUUCGCGGGACAGGAAAGGGAAGUCUGGGCGUGGCAAUCAGGGUAGAAAGCGAUCAACGCCGGACCAGACACGCAACACCUCAAGCGUAUCACUCUCACCUAUUCGGGGAAAAAACGCUGAUGUUUCGGAAGAUGCACCACCUAUCGAUUCCUGAGCCAAUUCUGAAAAUAGGGGACGGUGAACGGAACAGGCGAGGCAUAGGCCGAGUGAAGCCCGAGAAUCCCCAAACAAGCCCGGGCAGAGAUAUCUCCCAACUUAAGCUUGGCACGAAAUCACUAUGA